AAUAAAUACAAUAAUUUAGCAAUUAAAAUAAGUUUUAAAUAAAAAGGUCUUAGCCUGGCGCCGAAAAACAAAUAAUGACAAAUAAAACAAAACAAAACAAAACAAAUAUUUUACUUAUUCCAGGUCACCAUGCCUGGUUCUUGGGGGUAAAGCUCGUAUUUUGAAUCCGUUUCUUUUGUCUUUGGUCCUUACCCUGUGCUGGAAUGUAGUUCUCCCACCAACCCAAACAAAAAACCUUCCAAAUAUGAAUUCAUCCCUUGGUCUGAAAGAUAGCCCUUCUCCUGCUUUAAGUAUUUGCUGCCGUAAUUAUUUGAAAAUGUGUUUUAUGGUUAACCAGCUGACUUUAAAAUUGGUCAUACUUUAAAGGCACUGUUAUGAUUUGAAGCUGGAUAGUAUGUUCUGUCUUGCUCUAUUCAUACGUUUUUAUGUUUAGAUCUUAACCUACCCUGGUCAUUAUUCAAUCCUGAGAAGGAGAAGAAUAAAGCUCCUAGCAUUUUCACUCCUUAGCAAGCAUUCCUGUGCAAUAAGGUUCCUCCAGCAUUUCCUGGGUGGCCAAAGAAAAAAGUUCCUAUGUCUUCCAGCUUUAAAGAGAAGCAAUCUUUUGCUGGCUAGGAAAAAAAAGAAUUAUAUUUUAAAUGGCUUUGGUAAAUUAAUAAAAAGCCCCUUCCUGUUGACAGUGAUUUGGCAUUACUGUUUUUUCCUCACCUCUUGUGGAAGCCUCAGGACGGUGCCCGGACUGUGCAAAAUUUUCUCCACCUUUGUGUAGCGUACUAAAAAAAAAAUUUAGCAGCAGGACUAAUUCUGUCCUGUUGCAAAACCUGUCCCUUGUUCCUGGAGGUCUUGCUUCCUAACCUGUUGCCCUCUGGUUGGAGAGGAAGGUUCUGCUGACUACCAUCGCCUGACCGGUCUUGUUGGUGACUUGCUGCCCCAGGCGGGAUGUAAACCUGCAAGCUGUCAAAGAGGGGCAGUUAAUUCUCCCUUGGAAACAAGCCCACUGGGAAGUUAUUAGCCUGCUUUAAAAACCCAACCAGAAUAAUAUUUACUGUUUGGCUGGUGGCUGAACAAGCAGGGACAGGGGGAAUCUGUUUAAAUUAUUGUUUGUUUCCAUAUGGGUCCAUAGCCGAAGCUCUCUGGAUGGUUGAAAAUAGGAUACGAAUACAACAUAAAAAUAACAGGAAAACGUCCUAAAUAUUAUAUUGCAGGAUUUAAAGACUGAAUUUGACAAGUUUAAUAAUGAACACAAAUUAAGAUGGGAGACUGCUAGCCUAAUAUCCCAAUGUAAUAUUAGGGCUGGUUAAAUGCCCUGCCAUAAAGGGUGGGCAUUAGCUGGCUCUGGAAUGAGGAUACCUGCCUGAUGUUUGCAUCAGGGGGGUGUCACUGGGGAGCUUGUUCCAUUGUCCCUCUUGCGAAAAACCAGUUAUAUUCCUGGGCUUGCCAGCCUGCUGUUCCUUCUUGCCUGUGGUUACCUAGCAAGUGUUCCAGUGCAAGGACGGGCUGUUCCUUUACCUUUUGCAGGGAGAUACACAUCCCAUCACUGAUCUGUGGCAAGCUGGGUGGAGAAUUACACAUGUAAAAGAGCUUAUUCCAGGGUGCCGUUCUGCCCCACUUCACACACUAGAAUGGAAGCUGCAGGGGGGCAGAUUUCGGCUAAUUUUUUUUUUUUCCGAUUUAUAUCCUGCCUUUUUCCUGCAAAGGGCUCAAGGCAGCUUACAUCUCCUCCUCCAUCUUAUCCCCACAACAACAACCCUGUGAGGUAGGUUGGGCUGAGAGUCUGUGACUGGCCCAAAGUCACCCAGUUGGCUCCGUGGCCGAGCGGGGACUCGAACCCGGAUCGCCUGAGUCCCAGUCCCAGGCUCUUAACCACUGCACCACACUGGCUCUCAAAAUCUGAGAGAACAUGUUAAUAUGAUACAAGCAAAGAAUCCCACACUUCUUUCCAACAUUAGCAUUUUUUUAUACUGCCCAUAGCCAAAGCUCUCUAGGCAGUUGACAGCAAUAAUCACAGAAUCAUACACUCAGGUCACCCAUUCCACUUCUGCCCAGGCCUGAUCCUGCUUAGCUUCCAAGAUUAGGCAGGAUCAGGCACUUCAGGCUACAUGGAAGAGAAACAGUCCUCCUUGUGCAAGGGGCUUUUCCAGUUCCACGAUCCAGUGAUUUCUGCACCAAGUUUCCAUUGGUGGGUCAGGUCAUAGGACCUGAGGGAAAAAACCAAACUCUGAGCAAAAAGCACAAUUGAUUGUGCAUGGCUGAAGCACGCCCAGCUUGCUGCAGGUGGUUGCAACGUAAGACUGGAAGACGCUUGGUGAAUUUCCUCCCCGGAAGAGCAGCAAGCGGCAUGUUGUUCUGGAUCAGGCUCAUCUGUCCCCUCCUCCUGCCCUGCCCUCUUUCACCGUUCGCCUCAGUUGUUAAGUUGACCCUUGCUCCCGGUGCGGGGCUGUGGCACCGAAAACCGUCUGGCCUGGACGAACUGCACUUCCGGUGUAGAGACACUGAAGGCAGGUAGUUCAGAUUUACCUUGGCCAGGAUAGAAGGGCUAGGUCUCCCAGUCCUUCCAGUGUCUGUAUUGGGCAGGCAUCUUGGGAUCUGUGCUAAACUGCCUUUGGCACCCCCUGCAAAGGGACACUCCUUGCUUUGUGUCGUAAAAUCCCUGGUAGAAGGAUGUUUUCUUCAUCCCUCGCAUUGAACCAACCUCCGAGCCCUCUCUUUGCAUGGCAGGGCCUUUCUCAUAUAGUGGAAACCCACCGCUUUGCUGUCCAGCAUAAUUCUUGGUAGCUAUUUGCCAUUCUUGGUUGCCAUUUUAAACUUUUUAAUAUUUUCUGUUUUUAUAAUAUUUUAUUGUUUUGUUAUGGUUUGUUGUAAGCUGCCCAGAGAGCUCCUGCUGACGGAUGAUGUAGAAAUGAAAUUAGUAGUAGUAAUAAUUUAAAUUAGGGUAGGACAGAAUUGUCCUAGAGUAAAUGAAGAUUGAACUGGAUUCAGAGCAGUUAGCAGUGCAUACCUGUGUGGGGUAGAGAGGGAGGGGGUCCCAAACAGCUACUGUUGAAUAAGAGAUUGCUAGUGUCAUUCUGAGGGGGGGUAUCCUAUUGCAUUGUAGCAUUUGAAGCUCCCAAAUUUUAAAAUGCAUGCAGCCAGCCUCUUUAAGACCCUGUUCAGAUUUGAUAUUUCGGCCCACCCUAAAGAUUAAAUGGAGCAUUCCCUCUGUUGGCUUUUGUCCUUUUUCUUCUAAAAAGCCAACCUUGUUCUGCUUAAUCCCUUUGGCAUGACCUCCAAGGAAGAACUUCUCAGGGCUCUAAGGCUGGGUCUGGAUUCUGCCAAGUCUUCUAGGCUUUCACCCCAGACCCCGGACCCUGACAUGUGGCUCAGGCGAAAAUGAUGAUCAGCACUAUUAUUUUAAAAAGCAUUCCUCUUUUGCACCUAGCAAGUUGAGUUUGGGGUGGCGGGGGGAGUGUGCCUCUCUCUGGGGCAGGUGGCCGCGUUGUCAUAAGCACCUUAAAACCGAAAACCACAGGAGUCCUGUGUUUUAAGAUUAAAUCUCCACUCGCAGCCUAUGCAGAGAAUUAAAUGGAUGCAAAGCAGCAUAGCAACUGUUGGUUUGCUGCUACCAGAAGUGCGCACUUUCUUAGCUCUCGCCUGCGUCUCUUAGGGCGUUCUCUUCUGUAUUUAAAAGUGGACCAGAUGCCAAAACGCAGUGGGUAGGAGGGGAAAGCUUAUUGUGAUCCAUGGGGUUUAUUUAUUUAAGAAGCUUCUAUGCCGCCCCAUUCACCGAAGCCUCUGGGUGGCUCACAUCGAUAAAUCAAUAAUCACAAUGUAAAAACAAUAUAAUUUGAGUCGACCUGGCCGGGAUGGGCUGGGAAAUAAAAGCCUGCAGACCUGAGGAAGGUGGACUCUUUAAGGGCUGCAAAAAUCAAGCGUUCCUGAGCCCGGGCUUGGUGGAUCGCAAGAGAAGAUACUCUCAGGCCAGUAUAUAUUUUGCUAUCCCUGGAUUCUCCUGCUGUCAGUUUGUGGCAGAGGGUAAAAGGGGAAGCAGGGUGUCCCCGUCAGUGGGAGACCAGCCAUCCUUGGCAUCAGCUCUCUCAGCACGCCUUGCAAGGUAGCUGAAGGAAAGCAAAGCUCGAGUGGCUGAUUCUGUUUUCUUUCUGCUCACCUGGAGUGGGUUUUUACUCGGCAUAGGCGACCAAGCGAGCAGCACAGGGCCAGCGACCCGUACGGGUCCCAGUGUUUUAUUCCUGCCCUUGAGCUUGAUGCCCGGCCCUCUCCAAAGAGCUCACGCAUUCCGCAGGAGAGAAUGCAAUACUGGCGAGCUGGCAGCCUCUCAUUCUAUACCCUGCGUGGCCAGAAAUAAACUUAGGAUGGAAAGGGGAUAAAGGAUCAGGAGAGUGUGGGAGGGGUGGGGAGAGGAAGAGCACAUGUCUCUAGUCCAGUGCCUUUUUCUUGCAAAGCAGUGUGCAAAAUUACGCACCAUUCUCUCCGUUGUGCCAGCUUCCCUGCUGCAAGGCCUGUGUCUUUUUAUAAGCUGGCAUUUGUGAGCGGUGGUAGCUGCUUGAAGUAAACACCAAAUGUUGUCCUUUCCCCGUUUCAGGCUGGGAGAACCCAGCAAGGCAGCCUCCGACACGUGGCCAUGUGCAGCACCCGGAUCUCUUCCAGCCGAGGACGGCCAAGAGAGGCCGUGAAUUUUAACAUUCCAAUCUAGGAGUUGCUCGGUGGAAGGAACCUGAAGCUGAUGGAUGAAAUCCCAUUUUAAUCUCUUGACUGUGUUCCCUUGCUGCUUCAGGAGGCCUGACGCUUUUCUUGGCUAGCCCCCGAACCUGGUAUGGGUAAUGGUGGAGCGACGGACGGUCAAGUGAGUUUGAAGCAGAAAGAUGUGGAGGUUGGACUGCACAGACGUGUUUUGCCGGAGGGUGCCCAAGAGAGGAGGAGUGUGAUCAACUCCUUGGCAUCUGGGGCACUGGCUGGCGCCGUGGCCAAAACUGCCGUGGCACCGUUGGACAGGACAAAAAUCAUAUUCCAAGUGUCAUCAAAUCGGUUUUCUGCAAAGGAGGCAUACCGCCUGAUCUACCGCACCUACCUCAAUGAAGGAUUCUUCACCCUGUGGCGUGGGAACUCAGCCACCAUGGUCCGAGUGAUUCCGUAUGCCGCCAUCCAGUUCUGUGCACAUGAAGAGUACAAGCAGCUCCUGGGCAGCUAUUAUGGCUUCCAGGGAAAGGCACUCACUCCGCUGCCCAGGUUCCUCGCCGGUUCUCUUGCAGGCACGACGGCUGCCAUGCUGACAUAUCCGCUGGACCUGGUCCGUGCUCGGAUGGCAGUGACCCCAAAGGAAAUGUACAGCAACAUCAUGCACGUCUUCAUCCGGAUCUCCCGGGAGGAGGGGCUGAAGACGCUGUACCGGGGCUUUGUGCCCACCAUCCUGGGCGUGAUCCCGUACGCCGGGCUGAGCUUCUUCACCUACGAGACGCUGAAGAAGCUGCACGCAGACCACAGCGGGCGGCCGCAGCCGUAUCCCGUGGAGAGGCUGAUCUUCGGGGCCUGUGCGGGGCUGAUCGGACAGUCCGCCUCCUACCCCCUGGACGUGGUCCGCCGGCGGAUGCAGACGGCGGGGGCCCUGGGGCUGUCCUACGGCUCCGUCCUCAGCACCAUGGGGGACAUCAUCCGGGAGGAGGGACUGAUCCGGGGGCUCUACAAGGGGCUCAGCAUGAACUGGGUCAAGGGGCCCAUCGCCGUGGGCAUCAGCUUCACGACGUUCGACCUCACGCAGAUCGUGCUCCGUAAGUGGGGGCACGGCGCCGACACGGCGAGGUAGUGGCCACCCUCCUGGCUGGGGGACCUGAACGCGGGUGAGUGGCGACGAGGGUGUGGCCGUGGCUCAUGUGGACAGGUCUCUUGCUUUAACCACCUUCCCAAACCCAGGCGGGCUCCCUGCGGUAGAUCUGAGCGACCUAAAAGAACCAUCUCCAGUAAGACACGCACUUCCUGGCCGUGCCGUGCGGCUCUCUGCUCCCGCAAGAACAGGCCUUGGUAAGAGUCCGUUCUCUUCCUGGCCUGGGGUUUCUGUUGCUCUCUUGACAUGAUCUAGAUCUCUGAACCCCCCCGAACCAGGAGCCUCUCUUGCCCUCCCUGCUGAUCUCAAAACCUGCAGUCCUGCCCCAUCUCCCCCCCACCCCGCCUCAGCUUAGCUUCUGUAACUUUGAAAUGGGACAUAACCUGGAUUUGAGAGAUGGGGUAGCUUGUGCUGCCUCCCACCCCAAAUAUUUUUAAAUAUUUUAAAUCCGUUCCUCUCUUGCUCUCUCCUGCAUGGAAGCUUCUCUUUCUAUUCUCCCCUCCUUUUCAAAAUCGCACCCAGCAGCCUCCGUUGCUGGAAAUACACUCCUGGCCGAUCAUGCCAGUUUGCAGAGGAAAACCAAAGAGCAUCUUUCUCUCUAGGACGGCAGGCCUUGAAUUCCAAAAUUGCUGCCACAAUCUAGGAAGCUGCAAGUUUGCAACUAACCCGAACCCAAACUGGAUCGAAAUCGUCAGUGCUGCUUUUCUAAACAGCUUUUAAAUGUGAUUUUUAAAUGAGAGAAAUAGCCUCUUUUAGACUCCAUCCCUUCUUCGGUAUGCUCUGGGUGAGUUUUAGCCACACGUGGCAGGAAUGGGACACACUAAUAGGCUCGAAACAUGGACUGUUCUUUUCCUUCAGUAUUAUCAUUGGCUGCAGAAUUGAGAAAAACAGUUCUCACAGUGACGCAGGAGACACUUUCAGCCCCCCCCCCCCCCGGCUUCCUAUGGGGAACCCCCAGAAGGGUGAAGCCGCUGGGAAGCAUCUUGUACCAUGUAUUUCUGGCUUAUUCUUGGAUUAGGCCGAGCUGUUCUCACCCGCCUUCUUUUAUCCGUUUAGUUUUACCUUUCUGGCUUUGUGACCCAGGUAUCAGCCUUGUAGGAAGCACAAGCCAUGCCCGGAUGUCAUUUGAGCCCUGCUUACCGCUCUCCCCCCAGUCCAAGGAUUGGGGCAAAGAAAGGGGCGUUUGGAUUAGGGCCCAGGUCUGCACAGCAAGGCCAAAGGACUCCCUUUGCUAGGGCCGAACUACCUGCCUUUCCUCGUAUUCCUGUUAAACCCUCAGCGUUCCCUCAGUGCCAAUGGGUUUUUGGAGAUGGGGAGUCCUGCUGUGUCCCACACACGUAAAGAGAUGCUUCUGCCCUUUAUUGUUGAAGCAAAUCUUAGCACCCGUAAAUCUUGUAUGCGCAGAGACCCGAUCCUGGGAAUGCUCAUAGGAGAACCUUCCUUUUCAAGGAGCAAGCAAUGUUGGAAGGAAACCCCCCCCCCCCACCACUUCUUAAAAAGCAGUUCACCAACUCCAGGCUUCUCCCUGCUUGGGGUGGUGGAGCUUCGCUUCUAGGAGGCACUGCUAGCCGCCUCCAGGUGGGUGGGGCGGCUGCUCCUACCACCCCAUUGCUGGGGAGUUUGGAUGUGGUAGUCACACUGCCCUUAAAGGAAUUGGCCUGGGGGACACUGCUUUGGGAGAAAUGCUUUCCUGUUUUGGGUCCUUCCUCCCAUGUUUCUGCUUAGCCAGAAAUCUGAGCCACUUCUGUCUUUUUCCACCCCCACCGUCUCCCCGUUCCCAGGAGUCCUCGAAAGAGUCGCACAAGGCAGUGGGGAGAAGUGUUUAAUUUUGGGCCAGGCAUCUCAGGUCCCUGUGAGGUACACUUUGAUGCUGUGACCAUCCUGGGCAAGAUUUGAUUUUUCAGGUGCUUUCAACUGCAGCUUCCAGCAUUCCAUGCUUGCUGGGGCUGAUAGGAACCCAAAUCCAACAUUACCCAGCACUACAGUCAUGCUGGAGGUAGUCUUUUCCCAGGACAUCCGAGGGGGCAUCGUCUUUAUACCUCCCCAGUUCCCAAGGGGGGAGCCUGAGGAAUUUUGGGAAAGUUUUCCUCCGGCAAGGGGGUCCUUAGCAAAUCCCCCCCCAUCACUUAUAGGGGUUUCGCCACACUUUGCUUGGUGAUGCCAUCCUUCCCCCAUAAACAGAGGCACGAAUUUAUUCUGCUGCUGUCUGAGCUGUGAACAUCUUGCUGCUUGAAUUCCUGCUCACAGAAGCUCUCGCCUGCAUGCCCAGGGGGCGAGGAAUGCUGGCAGCUGAAGCCCGAAGAUCUGGCAGCCCACUUUCCGUGCACCUGUUUCUCUCUCGGAAGGGGUUCCCCUUUUGAUUGGAAGACACAUUUUGUCCCGUAGGCCGGAGCCUUCCAAACCGCCUGUUCGUGUGGGAACGUUCCCUUGCUAUCAGAGAAACUGUGUGUUUCAGCCAGCUGUGUUGCGAGUACAAAUCCCAUUAUCCAUGGUGGCUGGGGACGGAGAGUGUUGCAGUCCAGCAUCUGCUAGGACUCCGACUCGAGUUGCAGCAGAUUCUGCCCACAAAUUCCACAUCGCAACCAUCGGUCUCUCUUGGGGAAGCGGCCACUGCUCUGCACCCCACGAGGACCCUGCCAUGCUCUCCGGGCAAGUGCGUGGAAGUGCCUGAAGGCAGGUGUGAAUGUAGAGGUUUUUGGCGAACAAUCCACACAGGGAGUGUUCCAGAGAAAGCUGACUGAGUGGCCCAGGGCGGCUUUUAAGGGUCAGAUUACUCUAUGCAGGGGCUGUGCAGCAUUAUCCAAUGCUGCUGCUCUUUUUUUGCGCAAAACAGACGUGUGUGAGCAGAAGGCUGGUCCCCAGGUUCUGCAGGUUUGGGGGAGUUUUUUUAAUAAGGUGAAUUUAUCCUUUUGUUUUAUAUAAAUGUUAUAGUGGUAUUGUAAAAUGUGCCAAGAGAAGACGUAUAUUUAAUAAUAAAAGAAUGAUUUAUCUGC